AUGUGUUGGGGGGGUUUCAACUGGGAAACAGCAGUGGUCUACUUGGAUGACGUCCUCGUCUACAGCUCUUCGAUGUCGGAGCAUCUGGAGGUGCUGAAGCAGCUGCUGGACCGGUUCCGCCAAGCAGGGUUGAAGCUGCAUCCGAACAAGUGCCAGGUGGCGGUCACGAAAGUUAUCUUCCAGGGGCAUCAACUCGACGAGAUGGGGAUCCGUCCCACAGUAGACAAGAUAAAAGCGGUGAAGGACUGGCCCAGACGAAGCAGCGCCAAGGAAGUGCGUCAGUUUCUGGGCCUGGUUGGCUACUACCGACAGUAUAUCCCACACUUCGCUGACAAGUCAGUGCAUCUGACCAACUUGCUGCAGAAGGAGACAAACUUCGAGUGGACUGAGGACUGCGCGAUCGGCUUCCAGACACUGAAGAAGGAUCUUCAGUGGUACCCGUGGAUCGAGCAGUUGCGGCAGUACGACUACAUCGUGGAGCACGUGGCGGGUCGGCUGAUUCCGCAUGUGGACGCGCUGUCCCGCAGGUUCGAGACAGACACGAGGAAGCACCAGCUGCGACCAACUGCGGCGGAGUUUGUACCGGAGGAAGGCUUGAGAGGACGGAACUUUGAGAAUGCCCUGAUCAAAGGAGUCUGCCAACUGCUGGGCGGGAAGAAGGAUCCAGUGCCGGAGAGUGGGGAGCAGCUGGAAGGAGAAGCGGACGACGCAGAGCUCAGCCAGACGGAGCAGCUGGAACGAGAAACGGACGACGCAGAGCUCAGCCAGACGGAGCAGCUGGAGCCGGUCGCGGUGACGGGCGGAGACGUGACGGUCGACGAGACGACAUCAGCGCCUAGUGACGCGCUUGAGAAGGCGGAUGGUCGCAGGAAGCCGAUGGACGACCUGGGCAGAGUGGAACGAGACCAGCAAGCGGCGACACCGAGGUCGCUAGCACAGUAG